GGCGCUGCCGUGCUGCUCGUUCCGCCACUCCCCAUAGUUUGGACCCUCUCCGCUUCCCGUCCGCCUGAGGUGACCAAGCGGCGGAGAGCAGGUGGCGCUCCAGAAGGUGGUGGCGGGGCGCGGUCGUUGCAGUAGUCGCCUCCCUUCCUCCCCUUCAUAAGAUGGCGGCGCGUGCUCCUGCGUCUCAGCAGUUCUGCGUGGCCGAGGAACGGAGCGGCCACUGCGCCGUGGUGGAUGGGAACUUUCUCUAUGUGUGGGGGGGAUACGUGUCAAUUGAAGAAAAUGAAGUGUAUUUGCCUAACGAUGAGCUUUGGCUCUAUGAAAUUGAUAGUGGGUUAUGGACAAUGCACCUAAUGGAAGGAGAGCUACCUACUUCUAUGUCGGGAAGCUGUGGAGCUUGCAUUAAUGGGAAGCUGUAUAUAUUUGGCGGAUUUGAUGAUAAAGGAUACAGUAAUCUGCUGUAUUAUGUUAAUUUGCGAACAAGAAAUGGAACAUAUAGAUGGAAAAAAAUUACAGACUUUAAAGGUCAACCUCCUACACCUCGUGACAAGCUUUCCUGUUGGGUGUAUAAGGACAGAUUAAUAUAUUUUGGUGGUUAUGGAUGUAGGAAAUACAAUGAACUGAGUGAUUGUUUUGAUGUUCAUGAUGCAUUUUGGGAAGGGCAGAUAUUUUGGGGAUGGCAUAACGAUGUUCAUGCUUUUGAUACAAACACACAAACUUGGUUUCAACCAACAAUUAGAGGUGGAGUUCCACCUCAGCCUCGAGCAGCUCAUACAUGUGCUGUGCUGGGAAAUAAGGGGUACAUCUUUGGAGGACGAGUGCUGCAAACUAGAAUGAAUGAUUUGCACUGUCUGAAUUUAGACACUUGGAUUUGGUCUGGAAGAAUUCAUAUUAAUGGAGAGAAACCAAAAGAUCGAUCAUGGCACACUUUGACUCCUAUAGCAGAUGAUAAACUUUUCCUAUUUGGUGGACUGAGUUCAGAUAAUGUUCCUCUAAGUGAUGGUUGGAUUCAUAGUGUCACAACAAAUGGAUGGAAACAACUUACCCACUUACCUAAGAGUAGGCCUAGGUUGUGGCACACAGCCUGUCUUGGCACAGAAGGAGAAGUGAUGAUCUUUGGUGGGAGCAAAGAUGACUUGCAUUUCUUGGACACAGGUCACUGCAGUGAUUUAUUGAUUUUUCAAACUCAACCUUACUCUCUUCUCAGAUUGUGCCUUGACUGCAUUGGUAAAAAUGCCACCCUUUUAAAGAAUCAAAUAUCCUGGUUACCAUCCAAAAUUUUGCCACAAGUGUUGAAAAAAAUAACCUUUUGGGCUGCAGCUAAUCAUCGGCAAGAGAAAAAAGCUGAAAUUGAAAGACAAGAGCAAAUAAAUGUCACCUGAACAAGGACAAAAAAGAUAUUGACCACUAUAUGUAUUUAUAAUGAACAGCAAAGAUUUUUGUUAGCGAUUGUUUACUAGCAGUACACAUAAGGUAUUUGGUAGGCUGAGUUUCUACAAAAAAAAUCCUUUUUGUUUCCUGAGGUAUUGAAAAGAGUGAAAACUAAAUAUUCUAUGUUGUAAUAACACCACUUGAGGUUGCAGAAAUUAACUUCUGCUCUUGUGGUCUUGGUAAGCGACUUCAUAAAAAGUAUUCUUUUGGAAAGGAACAGAAGACACAGAACUUUUUCAGAUGCAUAAAAAUUUCUCUUUCUGAUUUAAAAUCUUAUUUCCAGUUUUGUCACAUCAGCACUUGCUGAUGAAGACAAAAUGAGUUUGACACAGUAUCCCUGUUAAUUUGACUCUUUUUAAAAGGAUUAUAAUUGCAAAUCCUUUUGUUUGAUUUAUUUCCUUUAACAGCCGCCUAUGAAAGUUUGAUUAUUGAUACUGGGAGGUAACCAUCCUACACAAAAGCAGACUAACUGUGGAACACACUGGCUAACUAUGGAACUUUAAAAGUGAAAAAAAAAAAAAAAA